AAUGAAAUGGAUCCUCACUCGCCCAAGUUGUUGUACGCGCGUGUGUUGUCGCCACUGCGACAAGGACGUGACGCUCGAUCGCCGUUGCGUGUGUGGAGAAAAAUACGCCGAGGCUUGUGGCGGGCACGGGUCUUCCACGAUCACAUGGCGAGCUACGGGACAGGGACGCCAUUAUUCCUUGCCACCAGUAUAUAUACACUGUAGUAUGCCUCUCCCACUCCAAAGCGAUCGAAGCAGCUAGCAAUCGCCUAGCUAGCUAGACCCACACUGUGAUCACAGUACACUGCACGCGGCCACCAUGGUCGUCAUGGGCAAGGAGGAGGAGAAGCACCACCAGCAGCAGCAGCUGAAGGAGGAGGAGGUCCAAGAAGAAGCACGAGUCGUCGUCGAGCCGGACAUGACGGCGGACGAGGAGGCGCUGGUGCAGAAGAUCUCCGGCCUGGCCGCGGCCAUCGCGAAGCUGCCGUCGCUGAGCCCGUCGCCGGAGGUGAACGCGCUCUUCACCGCCCUCGUGACGGCGUGCAUCCCGCGCAGCACGGUGGACGUGGAGCGCCUGGGCCCUGAGCUGCAGGCCAUGCGCGCGGGGCUCAUCCGCCUCUGCGCCGACGCCGAGGCACUGCUGGAGGCGCACUACUCCGACCUGCUGGCGGGCUUCGACAACCCGCUGGACCACCUCACGCUCUUCCCCUACUUCAGCAACUACCUGCUGCUGAGCGAGCUGGAGCACGGCCUGCUGGCGCGCCACGUCCCGGGACCGCCGCCGGCGCGCGUCGCCUUCGUCGGCUCCGGCCCGCUCCCGCUCAGCUCCCUCGUGCUCGCGGCGCGCCACCUCCCGGCCGCGGCCUUCGACAACUACGACAUCUGCGGGGACGCCAACGACCGCGCGCGCCGCCUCGUGCGCGCCGACGCGGCGCUCGCCGCGCGCAUGGCGUUCCGCACCUCCGACGUGGCCGACGUCACCAGGGACCUGGCCGGGUACGACGUCGUCUUCCUGGCGGCGCUCGUGGGCAUGGCCGCCGAGGAGAAGGCCCGCGUGGUGGAGCACCUCGGGAGGCACAUGGCGCCCGGCGCCGCGCUGGUGGUGCGGAGCGCGCACGGCGCGCGCGGCUUCCUGUACCCCGUCGUGGACCCCGAGGAGAUCCGCCGCGGCGGCUUCGACGUGCUCGCCGUGCACCACCCGGAAGGGGAGGUGAUCAACUCCGUCAUCAUCGCGCGCAAGCCUGUCCCGCCCGUCGACGCGCACGCCGUCGCCGUCGCCGCCGCCGGGGUGGGGCACGCGCACGCGCACGCGCACGGCGCCGUGCUCAGCCGGCCCUGCCUCUGCUGCGAGAUGGAGGCCCGGGCGCACCAGAAGAUGGAGGAGGUGGCCGUGGAGCAGCUGCCGUCCUAGGCACUGGCACACCACAAGACAAGAUGGAUUGCCCCGGCCGGCCACCCAUUCAGUUGCAUCUACCUGAUCGAUCGAGUAAACAGUAAUCCCCUACUACUACUAUGUCUACGUGUGUCCACACCACAUGCAUGGUCAUAAUCUGCAGGUUGACCUUGCUACUGGCUGGUGUAUUGUUGCCGUGAUUAUACUAAGGUCCCGUUUAACAAGGAGUCGGAGCUGGUGAAAGGAAAAAUAGUGAAGAGAUUUAAAAAAAAACAGAGUGCACCAAGAAGUCAAGGCCUGAGAUCUAGCAAACAGAGCCUAAUUUGUCCGUUAAUGUUACAUGUGUGUGUGAGUGAUGAUGAUCGAGUGGUUAAUUUGAAGUAACUCCCGUGCUUAAUUUGUCAGUUUGGGAGUAUUAUUAGCACGUAAAUGCAUAAAUACAGGCCAUUCCGGUCCAUUGGUUGUUUUGA